GAAGGCAUUGACCUGGAUGAACUUCUACCUCAGAUUGGAGAGUUUGGCCUCUACCAAAAGCUCUUAAUAUGGCUUAUAGUUCUUCCAGCAUGCAUACCAUGCAGUUUCUCAGCUUUUAACCAACUUUUUAUGGCUGAUUCGCCGAAACAUUGGUGUAGAAUUCCACAACUUGAAAAUUAUAUUAUAGAUCCACAGGAAAGACGUGAAAUUGCGAUCCCUUUGUAUGAAGGAAAUGAUACAUACCAUAGUUGCCUACGAUAUGCAGUUAACUGGUCUGAAAUUGUAGAAAUAUAUCCAAAUUUCGAUAAUUUUACAAUUGACCCAUUGUGGCCUGUCGAAUCAUGCCUAGAUGGGUGGGAGUACAACUUGACAGAAAUUCAUUCUUCCAUUGUAAUCGAUUUCGACUUAGUCUGCAACAAAAAUAUUUACCCAACUCUUGGAUUAGUGGGUUUAAACCUUGGCGGACCUUUUGGCGUUUAUAUGUUUGGUGUAAUCAAUGAUAGAUGUGGAAGGAGAAUUUCAUUUUUUACUUGUUUAACUAUUGGGAUAGUUGGUAAUCUGCUUACAGCAGUAGCUCCCAAUUUUUGGUUUUGGGCAGUUUCUAGAUUAAUAGUUGGUUUUACAGUCCCAGCUGUUUAUCAGAUACCUUUUAUUAUAUCUCUUGAAUUGGUCGGGCCAAAUUACAGGUCUUUUGUUACUGUAAUGACAUGUCUAUUUUACACUUUUGGCUUGAUAAUAUUGUCAGGUGUGACUUACAUGUUGCGAGACUGGAGAGUACUUUCUAUCGCAACUUCUGCACCAUUUGUCCUUUAUUAUAUUUACUGGUGUUUCCUUCCUGAGUCGCCAAGAUGGUUGAUUGCAAGAGGACAGUUUAAAGAAGCUUUAAAAAUAUUGGAAAAGCUUGCAAGAAUUAAUAAAAAAGAUUUUCCUCCAAGUGUUAAACAGAAACUUAAAGAGAACAUUUCUUUCCUAGAAACCAAGAAAGAAAAACAUAAAAUGGGGCCUGGAAUUCAGGCCCUUUUUAAGACACCCAACAUGAGACUUAAAACUCUUCUUAUUUCUUUAAAUUGGUUUGCCAAUGAGAUGGUUUAUGUGGGAUUAAGUUAUUACGGACCUGCACUUGGCAGUAACCCAUACUUAAGUUUUCUUCUGUCCUCCCUUGUUGAGAUUCCAAGUUACUUAUUAAUUUGGUUUGUUAUGGAUCGAUGGGGAAGACGAUGGCCACUAGCAGUUUCAAUGAUUCUAAGUGGAAUUUUAUCCAUUAUAACUGUCCUUUUGCCUUCAGAUGCUGUUUUGUUGAUAUUAGUUUUAUUUCUUGUGUCAAAGUUUGCAAUAUCUGCAUCAUUCUUAAUUAUUUACCCUUUUGCUGGAGAACUCUUUCCAACAGAAGUACGUGGUAUUGGUAUUGGGACCGCUGCAUACAUAAGUGGCCUUGGAUUAGCAAUCAUACCUUUUAUAACUCAUCUGGGUUCUGAAUCUAUGGUUCUACCAUUAGUGAUUCUAGGUGUUAUUUCCAUAAUUGGCGGAAUUUCAUCAUUAAGAUUACCAGAAACUCUCCACCACAGCUUACCUCAAACAGUUGAAGAAGGAGAAGAAUUUGGAAAAGAGUGGUCUAUCAAGGACUGCUGUAGUUGCAUCCCUCCAAGGCUUGAAGAUUCAGAAGCGUAUGAUGACUUGGAUAAAAAGACAGACAUUGCGUUGUUACCUACUAGUUCAUUAUCUGAAACAACUCCUAUUACAAGACAGCAUAGAGUUCCAAAAUUAGUGAAACAAGCUAGUAUUAUGGAGACACCAUUGGAUUCUUAUGGUAGCAUGAAGUUAACAUAUUGGUUUUAAAAUGAUCUUUAAAUUUAAUAGCCAAAUAUUAGUUUAUAAAAUAAUUUUAACAACUUUCAUUGCAACUGUACAUAGUUUAGA